AUGACAAGGAAGUUUACAUCCUCCAAGGAUGCCGACCCCCGUCUUCGAACAAGUCCUGACCGGAUUUUGCGAUUUUCCUCAGAUGAGGGGUCACAACUUGUCCCGUCACCAAUCAGGCGUCUGGGUUCGUCACACUCUGUACACCUGCAGCAUGUCCACUGGAAGCAGGACGAUGGGGUGAUCACUCCAUCCCCACCAACCGUUCCUCGAUUGCCCAGCCAAAGUGCAGUCACAAACCAGCCUGUAGGAAGCCUCGUCUAA